UCGCUCGGCAUCCUCGGUCCUUCGGGAAACUUCCAGCCAGCCAUGGAAGGGGAAGAGCGGCCACCUCAGGAGGCCAACACAGAAUCCAUCAUGACUUCAGGGACUUCAGAGGCAGAGUCCAGGGUACUUUCUGGAGACCCCCAGAACCUGUCUGAUACAGAUGCCUUCAACCUGCUCUUGGAGAUGAAGCUCAAGCGGCGACGCGAACGGCCCAAUCUGCCACGGACUGUGACCCAGCUUGUGGCUGAGGAUGGGAGCAGGGUGUAUGUGGUGGGCACGGCCCACUUCAGUGAUGACAGCAAGCGGGAUGUUGUGAAGACCAUCCGGGAGGUGCAGCCUGACGUGGUGGUUGUGGAGCUCUGCCAGUACCGGGUGUCCAUGCUGAAGAUGGACGAGAGGACGCUGUUGCGUGAAGCCAAGGAGGUCAGCCUGGAAAAGCUGCAGCAGGCUGUGAGGCAGAACGGGCUCAUGUCAGGGCUCAUGCAGAUGCUGCUGCUAAAGGUGUCCGCCCACAUCACUGAGCAGCUGGGCAUGGCCCCCGGUGGCGAGUUCAGAGAAGCCUUCAAGGAGGCCAGCAAGGUGCCGUUCUGCAAGUUCCACCUGGGCGACCGGCCCAUCCCCGUCACCUUCAAGAGAGCCAUUGCUGCCCUCUCCUUCUGGCAGAAAGUCAAGCUGGCUUGGGGCCUCUGCUUCCUGUCAGACCCAAUCAGCAAGGAUGAUGUGGAACGCUGCAAGCAGAAAGACCUGCUAGAGCAGAUGAUGGCUGAGAUGAUUGGCGAAUUCCCUGACCUGCACCGCACCAUCGUCUCAGAGCGGGACAUCUACCUGACCUACAUGCUUCGGCAGGCUGCCCGGCGCCUCGAGCUGCCCGGCGCCUCUGACGCUGAGCCCAGGAAGUGCGUCCCUUCUGUGGUCGUUGGUGUCGUGGGCAUGGGCCACGUGCCCGGCAUCGAGAAGAACUGGAGUGCUGACCUCAGCAUCCAGGAGAUCAUGACUGUCCCGCCGCCAUCCCUCUCGGGCAGAGUGUCCCGGCUGGCCAUGAAGGCCGCCUUCUUCGGACUGCUGGGCUACGGCCUGUACUGGAUGGGCCGCCGAACCGUGAGUCUGCUCCUGUCACUGCCCGCUGCACAGUUCUGCCUCCAGAGAGCCUCGGGGCCCCGGCCAGGCCAGUAGGAGGGCCGUGCACGAGUGACACACCGAGGGACCUGUGGCUGCUCCCUCACCUCAGCCGCGGCUCCUGCGGAGCCAGCGCCCCCGCCCGGGGACUCCCGGGCAGACAUAGCCAAGCCACCCCCCAUGGGGGUCCAGGCCAGGCCUUGCCUGUCCUCUUCAUCCCCAGCCUGAAUAAAGGAUUAUUUAAC